AAAGCAAAAAAGAGUUACCUAGUUCGGUUAAAUUUUCCACACUCUACAAAUGCUACACAAUUUUGUGCAUUACUAGCGUCACAAAUUCAUGUUGGCAAAUCUAUGCUCAAACUGUUCAUCAAUUCUUAGAAUCAACGUACACAUUGUGAUCCAAAAAUACCAAUUUUAUCACUGUUUGUUAAAACAUGUCGACAGAAAUUUUCGAUUAAUUCCACGAAGAAAUUUCAUAACAUGGACAAAUCUCGUUUCAGGCCUGGCUCAAGGUGUUAUUAAUCCAGAAACAGUGUUAGCAAGAGCUUCUCUGUUGUACAAUUCUGGCUCCAAGCCUAAUGCCUAUACUCUUGUUCAUUUGACCCGUGCUUGUACGACUACUGGUCGAUUUUCACGUGGCCAACAGCUACAUUCUCACAUUCUGAAAUCUGGGUUUGAUUCUAAUGUCUUUGUAUCAACAGCUUUGGUGAAUUUUUAUGCGAUGUUUGAGGAAUUAAAUGAUGCCCAAAAAUUGUUUGUUGAAAUUCCUCAACCAAGUGUCGUUUCCUGGAAUUCUUUGAUUUCUGGAUUUGUUCGUUCAGGUAAGUUCAGAAAAGCAUUGAGUUUGUUUGUUCAAAUGGAAAAAUCUGGUGUUUUAGCAGAUUCUUAUUCGCUUACAGCCGCUUUAUCAGCUUGUGGGCAGCUAAGUUUAGUGCAGUUUGGAAAAUCAGUACAUUCUAAGAUUGUGAAACUUGGUGUUCAACGUAGUAUCGUUGUUUCCAAUUGCUUGAUUGAUGUGUAUGGAAAAUGUGGUUUCCCUGCGGAAGCAAUAUGGAUUUUCGAUGAUAUGGCUGAUAAGGACACCAUCUCUUGGAAUUCCAUUCUUGCCGCAAAUGCAAGAAAUGGGAAGCUUGAAUCAGCAUUUAGAAUUUUUAGCCAAAUGCCCAACCCCGAUACAAUCUCAUACAAUGAGCUUAUCAGCGGCAUUGCACAGUUUGGAAACAUAGAAGAUGGAAUUGGUAUUUUAUCAAGAAUGCCAAAUCCUAAUUCAUCUUCAUGGAAUUCGAUAAUAACUGGGUUCGUGAACAGAAGUAGAGCCCGAGAAGCUCUUGAAUUUUUCAACAAAAUGCACUUGAGAGGAGUUAAUAUGGAUGAGUUCACAUUUUCAAGUCUUCUGAGUGGCAUUGCCAGUUUGUCGGCAAUUACAUGGGGGUGUUCGAUACAUUGUUGUACAGUGAAGCGUGGUUUAAAUGAAAAUGUUAUUGUUGGGAGUGCUAUAAUCGACAUGUACUUCAAGUGUGGGCAAGUAAAGGAAGCCGAAGAAAUUUUUCAUUCUAUGUGCAGAAUGAAUUUAGUUACUUGGAACACCAUGAUCUCUGGAUAUGCUCACAAUGGUGAUUCCAACAAGGUGAUUCAGCUAUUCGAGCAGUUAAAAACUAUCAAGGAUUUACAUCCAGAUGAAAUUACGUUUCUUAAUGUUCUAUCAGCCUGUUGGCACAGCAGGAUUCCCUUCGGCAUUGCGAACCAAUACUUUGAAGCUAUGAUCAAAGAUCAUAGGAUUAACCCAACACCCGAGCAUUGUUCUUGCAUGAUCAGGCUCAUGGGACAUGAAGGUGAAGUAUACAAGGCGGAAAAGAUGAUAAAUGAACUGGGAUUUGAAUCUUGCGGAUUGGUUUGGAGGACAUUGCUUGGGGCGUGUGUUUCUUGUGGGAACAUAGAAUUGGCUGAGAAGGCAGCGAUGAAGGUGAUAGAAUUGGAACGGGAUCAGGAGCUUGUUUAUGUAAUGAUGUCUAAUAUUUAUGCGCAUCAUGGAAAUUGGAAAGAUGUUCGUGGCAUUAGAGAGCUGAUGAAGAAAAGAAAGGUGAGGAAAGUAGCUGGUUUAAGCUGGAUUGAAGUUGAAAAUUCCCCACCUACAUGACAUGAUGCAAUUGGAAAUUAACGUUCAGUAGAGAAUUUUUUCUUCAGGAGGUCCAUCUUGGAAAGGUCCUAUUUGGCUUUUUGGCAUCAUGGAUGUCGCAUAUGCUCCUCAGGGCCACAAGCUUAAGCAGAGGCAUCACUCAAUUGGAUUGUGUUGAUAUAAAAAAAAAUAGCCAGUAGCUAAAAUGUGCUAGAACCUUCGAAUAUUGUCGUUCCCCAGAUUGAUUGUCUGAGGCAGCAUUGGGUUGCCCACGGAGGCCAUUCGACGCUCAUGUUGGCUGAGCACUAUGAAUAUAAUACACAUUCAUGAGAGGUGUAUGUACUAUAAAAUGUAUAUUUGACUACUUAACAGGAGAAUUCUCCGUUCAGAUAAUGGCUUGCUUUUUCACA